AUGGGCCUGGUGAACCAACUGUCAGAGUUCACCCCAGAUAUUGCUUCUGUUGCCCAAACCCUUCGCCCCUUGCUGAGCCCAAAACGGACAUUUAAUUUUACAGCUGAUCAUGACGAGGCCUUCAAACGUGUCACCAGUGGAAUCGGCUACGCAUUACUCCAAGACCAUGGCCAAGGCCGGCUACACCUUGUUCAGUUUGGCUCCCGUUUCCUUACCGACGCUGAAACAUGUUAUACCACAAUUGAAUUAGAGUUGCUCGCCGCCGUCUGGGCCACAUCUAAAUGUAAACCAUACUUAAUCGGAGUUCUGAACUUCACACUGAUGACUGACCAUAGGCCACUGAUAUCGAUCCUCAACAAGUACACGUUGGACGCAGUAGAGAAACCCCGCCUCCAAUGCCUUAAGGUCAACAAGCCCGCACCAGAAGAUGAGAAGCUAUGCAGCCACACCGACACCCACUUGUGGAGUAUAGUGACCUUAAAUGCUAUUAGUACCAUCACCGACUCCAAGAACCAAGACGCCGAUAGAACCCUGCAAGAGUUACGAGAAGCAGCUACUGCAGACCCUACAUACUGCAGGCUCAAGAAUUGUGUAAUCACUAGGUUCCCUUCCAACCGUUAUGACCUACACAAUUCGUUAAUCCCUUACUGGAAGCUUCGAGACAGCCUUUCUGCCGAUGGGGAACUGGUCUUGUAUGGCCAAAGAAUUGUGAUACCGACCGACCACCGUCGCCACACAUUCGCUCGCCUACACGACAGUCACCGUGGGGUGGAAGCGACAAAACGCAGGGCACGUCAGACCGUAUAUUGGCCUGGGAUUGACGCUGACAUCAUCAGCACAGUUCAAGCCUGCCAGCCAUGUCAGGUCAUGCAACCCAGUCAACAGCAAGAGACCAUACAAAACGACAAUAACCCUACAAAGCCUUUUGAGUCUGUGUCCGCUGACUUCUUCACAGUUGCUGGGAAGUCUUUCCUGGUAAUUGCGGAUCGACUCUCUGGCUGGCCCAUCAUUGUUCCCUGUGGUGCCUCAUCUGCAGCAUCACGCACCACACGCAUGUUCUGCUAUUACUUCAGGGAUGUUGGUGUUCCUCUCCGCUUGAGGACUGAUGGAGGACCCCAGUUCACCAGCUACGAGUUCCAAGAGUUCAUGAAACGAUGGGGCGUACACCAUGUGGUAUCCUCACCACAUUACCCCCAGUCAGACACGCCAAGGCAGCCGUCAAGUCAGCAAAGUACCUCAUCAUGA